CUUUCAGUGUUUGUGCGCAUUGGGCAUAUGCCCGCUCUUGUGUGUUGCAGAAGACGUCUUAUGUACGUGUUAUUCCGUCCUUAAAUAUAAAAGUGAACACCUGCAGGUUUCUCGAGGAUUGUACAAGUGAGACAUUCAUUCAUCAUACCUCAUCAUGGCAGAGAGUGACAAGUUGAACUGGAUGUAUGAGGGUAACAAGUCAACCUUGAAUAGAGAGGAAUACUUGCUUGGUAAGCAAAUUGAUAGUAACUUUGAGAGACAGCAGGAUGAGGAGAAGGCGGCAGGUCCAGUGUAUAAAGUGGAGCACGAAAUUCUUCCCGGAUCCGUGGCGCGGAGGGAUCUUGGCCAGAUGCAAGUGGAUCUAGCCAGGAAGAUACAAGAAGACCCGCUUUUUCAAAUACGUAAGCAGGAGGAUCAAGCAUUGCAGGAGCUAAUGGAUAACCCGAUAAAGCGCAAACAACUAGAAAAGUUACGAAAAGCGGAGGCAGAAGGAGAGGACGGUAACAAGAAAAAGAAACACAAGAAACAGGAAGAAGAUAUUGACAAAAAGCUCUUUGCUAAGAUGGCUUUGUUGCUCCAGAAUGGCUCCGAGUCUAGUGAUUCGGACAGCGAUGAUCAUGAGCCUAAAAAGAAAAAGAAAACGAAGAAAAAGAAGAAGGAUGCGUCAAAGUCCAAAAAGAAAUCUCACCGUAAGGAAAAGAAAAAACGGCAUCGAAGCAGUUCCAGUAGCAGUUCCGGAAGUGAAUCGCCCGCGCCAGCCAAGAAGAAGAAGCCGUCCCGCAAGCGGUCGCGGUCGCGGAGCUCCAGCGCUGGAGACCGGCGCAGCGGGAGUGAGGGGGCCUGCCGUGCGCGGCAGACGGCCCGGCCCGACGGCGUGCCAUCCAGGCGACACGCGGACAGUGCAAGCCGUCCGGAGAAGGACGGCGGAGCCGGGGAGAAGUGUGGCAGAGGACGGGACGGCAGAGGCGGUGAAAGGCACAGGCUGGAGGAGGGCAGCCGCGGUGCAGACAGGGAACGAGCGAAGCAGGACAGCAGAGGUGGACACAGGGACCGAGGAGAGCAGGACAACAGAGGCGGUCACAGGGACCGAGCAGAGCAGGACAACAGAGGCGGUCACAGGGACCGAGCAGAGCGGGGGAGCAGAGGCGGUCAAAGGGAUCGAGCAGAGCGGGACAGCAAAGGCAGUCGCAGAGAUAAAACCGAGCGGGACGGCGGAGACGGAUAUAGAGAGCGAACGGAACGGAGUGGCAGGGACGAAGACAGGGACCGACGAGGGACGAACGGCAGUGGAGGAGGCCGGAACCAGUCGGAGAAGGUGCGAGGACGAGGUAGCGUCCUGUCGCAGGAGGAGAUGGAUAGGAAGCGUCAAGAAAUGAUGGACAACGCCAAGCUCCGAGAUCAGCAGCGGGCAGACAACCUAGCCAGGUACGACAGCGAGCAGGCGCGGGAGCAGCAGGAGCACGAGAAGGGCAGCGGCGAGGCGUCGUUUGUGCGGGACCAGCUGCGCGCCGCCGCCGACCGGGGCACCGUCGAGCAGCGCAUCCGCUCCAACCGCUACAACAUCCAGCGCUCGGCCGCCGCCAUGGACCGCAGCUUCGUCAAGCGGUGACGGCCGGCCGGCACGAUCUCGGUGUUCCGAAGGCCAGGCGUGCCAUGUUUCUGAACUCGGCCCGCCCGCACUGCUGUCGCGCUGUGAGGGCCGUGGGCGGACGCUCGACAGGCACCCACUCACGCACGCACAGGGAACUCGCCCAGUAUGCCCGCGAAUGCUGCAGAACUGUGCCACAGGUGCGCUGGGCGGAUAAGUGUUGGUACUGUUUGUAAAAUACAAAUGAUGUAUUUGA